UCCAUUUUGAAAAGUGAAGCUACUCGAAAAGCACGUUAAACUGCUCUUCACACUACGGAUAAGCGCGUCUGCUUAUGCGUCCUUUUUGGUGAUUUUAUAUUUUGAAUAGAAAAUAUUAUAAACAUUAUAAUAAAUAAUUAUAUUUAAAAAAAUGCAAGGAACAAUCAUAGAAAAUUUAAGUGGUAGAAAGCUUUCAGUACUUGUAAUAUUACUCGUUAUCGCACAAAUAAUUUGUUUUUUAAUAGGCGGGCUUAUUGCUCCAACUCCAGCUAGUAGCCAAAAUAUACUUGGUACACCUUGCAAAGAUAUUCGUAUAAAUGGAUCUGAACCUGGAGGAAGAAAAUGGUUUUAUUCAAGAGGAAAAGGAUCUUGUAUUCCUGUUGAUAUGAAUCGAUUUAGUUUUGAUAAUCAUCAUCAAGCAUAUCAAGUUGUAUAUACGUUUCAGAUGCCUGUACCUCGAAAUAGCAUGCAACUUGAUUAUUCCAGAUGGCAACAAAAUUUGAUUGGUGUUUUACAAGUGGAUAUUGUAUAUCAUAGUCAAAUAGAAAUUGCUCCUAGGACCAAAAUAACAUUGGAUGCAAGACUUGCUUACAGAAAUAAAGGUGAUCCAGACGAUGGUUGGAAACCAUAUGCUGCUUCCGUAGUAGAAAGAAUUCUAGAUUGUAGUAUUGAUGAUGCAUUGGAGCAAUAUAAUUAUAAUUGUAGCAUGGUACCACUAUUUGAACUUGGAUCUCUAUUUCAUGAUUAUUAUCUUUUAAAUAUUCGUCUUCCUGCUGAUACUGACAGAAAUAUCAAUCAGGGUUUAGGACAUAUAACUGAUUUAUGGCUUACAGCUAUCAAUCAAAAUGGUGGAUUUACAAAAGUAUGGGUUAGUUUAAAAACUAUUUAUUUUCCAAUUGUUUUAUGUGUUCUUACUUGGUAUUGGAGGCGAGUACAUAUGCUUUCUAGAUCACCAGCUCUUUUGGAAUAUUUACUUUUAGCUCUAGGCAUAGCUUUGUCAUUUUUAAACAUGCCUUUGGAAUAUUUAACACUUGCAUAUGAUAUGCCAUUUAUGCUUUUAUUGGGUGAUAUUAGACAAGGAGUAUUUUAUGCAAUUCUUUUAUCCUUUUGGCUUGUAUUUGCUGGAGAACAUCUUAUGAUACAGGAAGGUGAACAAAGAAAUUCUUUAAAAUGUUAUUGGCGUCAUCUUUCUGCAGUGGGUAUUGGAUGUUUAUCAUUAUUUGUAUUUGAUAUGUGUGAACGUGGAGUUCAAUUACGAAAUCCAUUUUAUUCAAUUUGGGUAACAGAUCUUGGAACUAAAUUUGCUUUAUCAUUUAUAAUUUUAGCCGGAAUUUCUGCUGGCAUGUACUUAAUAUUUUUAGCUUAUAUGAUAUGGAAAGUAUUCAUGAAUAUUAGUGCAAAAAGAGCUGCAUUACCUAGUAUGAGUUCAGCACGGCGUUUACACUAUGAAGGUGUAAUAUAUCGAUUUAAAUUUUUGAUGAUUGCUACACUAUUAUGUGCAUCCUUAACAGUUGUUGGUUUUAUUCUUGGCCAGGUUGCAGAAGGGCAAUGGAAAUGGGAUGAAGAAUUACAUUUGGAAAUGACAUCAGCAUUUUUUACUGGUGUAUAUGGAAUGUGGAAUAUUUAUACCAUAGCAUUAUUAUGCUUAUAUGCUCCUUCACAUAAACAAUGGCCUAUUGAACCAUCUGAAAAUAGUAUUAGUGAAGAAAUUGAAUUUUCACGUUUGUCCACUGAUCCUAAUGAAAUGUUGUCUUUGACAGCAUUUGCACGAAAAACAGCAGUAGAAUAAAUGAGAAUGCAAGGACUGAUAAUACUCUGACAAGUAAUCUUUUGAUGCCAAAAUUAAUUAUUUAUUAAGAAGAAUAUUUUUAAAGCUUUACUUUUUCUUUAAUACAUUUACUUAAUAUUUUAUAUACUUAACAAUUUAUUAAGUAUUUUUAAGUAAAAUGAAUAAGGAAUUAUUUUAUUUCUUAAAUAUUUUUUAAUAUUUUUAUUAUGUAUCAUAUUCAUAUAUGAUCAUAUUAGAAUAACGUAUAGCUAUUAUUAUUUUAUAAAACAUUCCAUUUUAAAUCUAAAUAUAUUUUUUCCAAUAAGAUUUUUUCACGUAUAUAAAUAAAACAAUUAUAAUAGUACUAAAUUAAAUAAUAGUACUGCCAUACCUACAAUAAUAGCCUUUAAUGCACCAGUCUCUCUUUAAUAAUAAAUACUCUAUUCCAUCAUUUUAUAGAACAUAUCAAUAUUGGGCAUUUAUCUAUAAUUACAUUCGUUUUAAUAACAUAAACGUGCAUUAUAAUGAUAAUUAUGUGAUAUUGAAAUAGUAUGUUAAAUUUUUUCUGUAUUAUUAUGCAAAAAUCUACUUUGGCAGUAUUAAAAGUUCCUCGAUAAAUUUCUAAUAUCAUAUACAUUUCAUACAAAUUUUUAUUAACUUUGAUGCAUUAUUAAUAUAAUUAUUAGAAUUUAAGAUGUAUGCAUGCAACAAAGUAGACCUGAACAGAAAAAGAGUGCAAUAGAAUUGUAACACUUUAAUAGAGCGAAUUUAGUGCACAUUAGUUACUUAUACAUAGAGUACUUAUAUUUGAGAGGCAACAGAAUUAGUAUUUUCUAUAACUUCAAUGUAUUCAUUGAAAUGUAUUAAUGAACAAUAAUAUGAAAACAAAUUUUUGUAUAUUAUUACUUAUCAUAUUUUUAAAAUAAUUUCAACAAUGUGAAACAUAUAACAUGUAAUGUAUUAAUAUUUUAAGGAUCUCAAAUUUUUGUGUAUUUAUUAUUGUGAAUUUGAUACAGUAUUCAAUUGGGAUAUUUUUCUGUUGUAUAUUAGAUAAAAUUUUAUAUUCGUAAUUUUUAUACAUUUUUUAAAUAAAUCAAUUUGUUAGAAUAA